CACGCGACCGUCACAGACGAUGUAUAUGAAGGGUAUUUCAUUCCCAAAGGUAGGCUUCGUCAACAAUUCAGGUUAAUGCUACGGGAAGAUCCGAGGUGGACAAACCCAGACGCGUUCGACCCCUCUCGACACCUUACUGCCUCUGGCGAGCUUGCCUCGAAAUCCACGACCGAAAUUUCGGGAAGUCCAGUGUUUGGUUUUGGGCGGCGUAAAUGCCCCGGGCGAUUUGUCGCAGAGAAUACUUUGUGGGCUGCCAUAGCCUCCAUCCUAGUGGCAUUCAAGAUUUUACCGGCUGAUGAAGCAAGGGGCCGGAAAGUAGUAGAAUUCAGGGAGGGCGUCGGACGCAUGCCUAUCUCGUUCCCUUGCGUUGUCCAGCCGAGAGAAUGUUACCAUGGAGUAUUGGCAGACUUAUAA